CCGCCUUGUUUACAGUGAGCGGCGGCCGUCUGCAGGAGGGAGGCGGACAGCGGCACCACAGGACUCCAGCACCCCGGGGCCACACAGGGGAACAUGUUAAAGCUGCAAUAUGGCUGCAAAACGGAAGCUUCCAGUUAAAAGGAGAAUUGAAAACCUUGAUGAUAUGGCCAGUAGAAUUUUUGAGAGCAUCAAAGAUGUUACUAGUAAACCAAAGAGAAGAAGAAAGGAAAACAGCGAACAUAGUUUUGAAAACCAAGAUAGUAUUAAUUCACAGUUUAUGUUUUAUGAUAAUCAUAUGUGUGAUGCAUCCCAGCAGAAAUAUGCCAGGAGGCAGUCUGAGACAGACCAAAGUAAAAAAAACUUUUCAUUUGGUGUCUCAAGCAAUGAAAAAAACUUAAGAAGCAGGGUCAAGAAAUCAUAUUCAUUGAAUAAAACUGAAUCAGAGUCCAAGCAAAUAAAAUCAAAGAGAAGUUUUGUAUUCAGUAAUAAAACACCCAUUGAUAUCAGUAAGUAUAGUGAAUGUAGCACUGCAGUGAAGAGUCACAAAGGGAGGGAAAAGAAGCAAGUGGUUUCUGAAUCUAUCGACACAGUGCAAUCCAUGACUGAUGAUAUUCAAGUAACUAAAGUAAAAGAAAAUAACCAACAAAAGCAUGAUACUUCACAAGCUUCUGAUUCAAAUGUCUUACUUAAAAAUGAAGAGGAAAGCAUAAUCAGCAUAAGUCCAAGUUUCCUACAGGAGGAAAACUUCAGUACUUCAGGGUCAGAAAUAUCUUAUGUAGCAGUGUCUUGUGUCAGUCAUUCACAUAAUCAAAUACUGAAGCCAGCCAUUACGGUCACUGGAAUUCCAGCCAGCUCAUCAAUGACAAGCCUAAGUGCCAGUACAUCAGCCAUAACAGCCAUAUCAACUCCAAUCCCAAGCUUUCCAGUGUUACACGAUGGCUUUGGAGAUUCAGUCAGAUGGGAGGUGGACAGUUCUGGACACACAACUUUGACAAAUUGGAGAGAAGAUGGCACCCACACAAACAUGACAUCAGAACAAAAGGAAAAGCUUGAUUUUGCCCUUGACUCAGCAGCUGAAAGGCAUGAGCAGCAAAAUGUCAUGUCAGGGUCUUGCAAUGAAACUGUUCAUCACAAUCAUGAUGUUGUCUCACUUAAGAAGAAUGGAGAUCACUCUACCAGUGCCGCUGUUCCAGUGGUGGCUGUGCCGUUCAGCUCUCAACAGCCAAGUUUUUUAAAGGUUGAUACAUGGGGUGAAUACAUAUUGCAGAACUUAGAGAUACUGUACAAGAAGGAAAUGUACUGUGACUUCAUACUCAAGUUUCAUGGAGGUGAAGUUUUGAAGGUGCACCGAGUGAUCCUUUUGACAUGCACUUCUUUGCUGUCUGAAACUGAUGCCAUGGAGGGUAAAAGUGAACUAUUGAUGCCUGCAGAUCUAAAUUUUGCAAGUGUUGAACCAGUAAUUAGAUUUGUUUACAGUGGCUAUUUAGAAAUCCAAAAGUCAGACAGUGAGAUGACUUCUGUUUAUGCAGCUGCAAAGAGGCUGAAGGUCCCACUCCUUACAAAUGUAAUGGAUUGCCAUUUCCCCUCUUUAUUUUCACCAUGCUUAUUAAGCUCAGCCACACAAGGAGAGACUGAUGAGCACAUAAAACAAGAGGAGGAGGCGUCACCAAAGAGUAGCAGUUCCAGUAGUCUUCCGAACAAUGAUAGUACGAAAAGAUUAAGACUCGAGGACUGCAGUGGACAAAAAACUUCUGUGUAUUAUGUCUUGAAAAAUUCAAGAAGACAGUCUCACUCCAACAGUCCUGUACAAAGCAAAAUGGCAACUGAAGAGGCCAGACCAACCAGGUUUGAACUAGAAGAUGACUCGGAGAACUCGCCCUUAAAGAUAGCAACUUGGGACCCUAAACGCUCUUCCAUUGCACCUUCAUGUUUACCAGUGGCACCACAAGUUAGCACUCCACAGUCUGUUUACCCAUGUUCUUCAUCAACUUUAGUGGACUGUAGUAUCUCAGAAACUUGCUCUCUUACUACUGCCAGUUCAUCUCACAUGAUCACAAAUUCUGAAAAUCUGAAUGAGAAAAAACAGCCAUUUCUUCGUUAUCUCUUGACACGUGAUAACAAAAAUAUAGAGUCCGUGGAAAGUGGGAACAAAGGCGUUGAAUUAACUAGUGAGAGAAAACAGCCAUUUCUACGUUAUCUCCCUACACAUGAAAACAAAAGUGUAGAGUCCGUGGAAAGUGGGAGGAAAGGUAAAGAAAUAACUAGUGAGAGAAAACAGCCAUUUCUACGUUAUCUCUUGACACGUCGAAACAAAAGUGUAGAGUCAGUGGAAAGUGGGGACAAAAGUGUAAAAUUAACUAAUGACUUAGUUGUUCCUGAUGAUAAUUUUAAAUGUGUUAGUGAAACUGAUGUUCUGGAAAAUCAUUGUACAAAAGAAAAUGACAUUAGUGAAGAAAGUAAUGAACUAAUGGAAAAAAUUUCAAAUAUCUGUAAGCAGCUUGAAGAAAAGGAAUCUGAAGAUGAGAAUGAACAAUUACAAAAAACAAAGGGCAUGCAGAAAGUGUGUAAUAAGGAACUUUGUUUACUAUCUGCUGACACUGGAGCUAAUGGAGAGAGUAGUAUAACAAAGAACAGCAGUACACCUACAGUGUCCACACCAGUUAAAUCAAUUCUCAAGAAAAAGAAAGCUGUAGUAGGCAAGCAAGUAAAGCAUGUAUCAUUUCUACUUGAUCAGAACAAUGAGCUUAUUAAUGAAGUUGCCACAUUUUCUCUCUCCAAGGAACCUUCACAGUCCUUAAUUGGAGUUAAAAAAGUAUCAGGAAACUUGAAAUCACAUCGUGGUACAUGUUCUUCGGUACAGCGGACAGUUUCUAAGAAGAAAAAAGCCUUAAAGAGUUUGUCUUUAAGUGAUUCUGGAGCCUUAGGAUCUUCCAGCAGUCUUGUAAAAAAAUCACAUAGCAGGAAAAGUCCCAGCACUUAUGGUCAGAGUCACAGUAAAAGUCAAGUAAACAAAGGAGAUAUUAAUAGCCAUGCAAAGAUCAUAUCUGAAGUCUUAAAAAAGUAUCCACAUCUAGUUAAGGAUAAAAAGAAAAUUCGCCUUAAAUUCCUUAAAAAGGGUAAUGAGAAAGAAGCAGGGGAAGCAGACUUCAAAGUUCAGUAUUUUAUGUUGGGAAACAACAAGAAUUCCAAGCCAAAGCCACUUCCUGAAACUUACAAUACCUUGUCCAUCACCAAAAAUGAGACGAGUGUGCCACGAGCAGUGAAGAACCAGCCCACGUAUGAGUGCCCUGAAUGUAAUAGUAGAACUUUCACAACUUAUUUCAUGCUGAAGAAGCAUGUCACUUUAGAGCACAAAGACAAAAGCAGUGCAAUACUUUCCCGUAUUGAAAAUGUUCCAUAUGCCUGUUACACUUGUUUUGUAGAAGAACCGUUAGAGUUUGAGGACUAUCAUAGUUACCAACAACACAUGAAAGAUGUACACAAUGGAGUUGCAUUACGGUCAUGUAAUAUCUGUGGAAUCAAACUUGGACAGAAACUAGAAUUAGCAUAUCAUCAGUACAAAGAACAUAACAAAGUAUCUAAAAGUUUUUCUUUCCCUAAGUGUGAUCUCUGUAACCACAUAGCGAAAAAUGAUUCUGCAUUGCUGAAACAUCGAUCACAACACAAAAAUGCAGAAAAUUAUACUUGUUCUGUGUGUGGUGUUGAAUUUUGUUCCUUUGGAGCUUUGCAGGGACACAUGCAAACCAAACUGUGUGGGACCAAGCCCAGCGUGAGUCACCAGUGUCCCUUCUGCCCUCUUACUUUUACACGUUCAUAUAACCUGAAGGCCCAUUGUAAAUCUAACCACAGAUCCCAGAAAAUAUCAGAAAUUAAUAUACUUGUAUCUGGUUCAGAAAAAAAACAAACUCAAAUUGCAAUCCCUCAGGAUACAGAAUCACAAUCAGAAAAGACAGAAGGGAAUGAUGCAUUAAGAAAUAAAUCAAAUUUGGAUUCUGAAAGAAACAAUACAGAUACUGGAAUGGAAUGUGAAGCUCCAACUGGCCGGACAUCAUCUGAAGCAGAAUCACUCUCCACUGUAGCCAGCAGUUUAGUAGCAUCAUUGGGACUGCCAGAAGAAACUAUGGAUCAAUAUGUGUACCUUCAAGCCAACAAAAUGAGCCAUCCAAACACCUUAGAUGAAGAAAAGAUCAAGCAAGUGGUAUCACAGUCAGGAGGUCUUGCCAUGCAUGUUGAGAUUCCUUCUGCCUCAGAAUACCAAAGUCCUUCCCAUUGCUAUGAUAAACCUUUCAGUGUUCAAACAUCCAUACCAAGUAAUACAAGUGUUGGUACUCUUGUCCCUAUGAUGUCGAGCGAAGUUGUAGCAAGUCACUUUGUGUCUGGGCAAAUUUUACCCACUCACAUCUUGUCAAGUGGGUGCAUGAGUUCAUCUAGUGGGCCGGUGCAUGGGGCUGCUCCCCACAGCUGGACGUAUGUAACCUACCAAGUCCCCACUACAAAUAAAGACCUGCCAGUUGUUCUGACAGAAACUACUUCCAUAAAUGCUCAUGUUAAUCCAGACAAGAAUAGCAGUUCAGAAAAUAUUUGUCAGAGUAGAGCAAAUGUUUCCACAACUGAGAGUGUUGGAAUGAGUUCAUGGGCUUCUGAAAAUGUCGGUGAGGAACUUCAUACACUGUCUGCAAUAGACAAUCAGACACACGUAAAUAUAAAUCAGGCUCCGCCUCAUUCUGUAACGCAGUGCUAUGAUCCAUUAUCCUCUCAGUAUGUAUGAGCACAAAGCUGGACAUGUAUCAUCUACCAGGCUCCCAUUAAUGAUAACAUACAAGUUGAUUUAACAAAAUUUCUUAAAUGUUCUGAAAGCCUAUACUAGAGUAGCAGUGUAUAAAAUGGUUAUCAAAAAUACAGCAUAUAUGACUGCAGUUCCUUCAUAUGUAAAAUGUAAAAUUUUACCAGUAUGUUUAAGAAGUAUGAUGCAUUAGAUCUACAUAAUGUUAGCUGUAUGUGUGUGAAACAUAAUUUGCUGAGUGUAGUGGACUGCCAGAAACCUGUGACCAAAGAUACAGUUAUGAAUUGUGAUUAUUUCAAUAUGUUUGAUCAGAGACUAUACAACAUAUUUCUUAUUUAAUCUUCUAUAAUAGAAUGUACCCCACAAAUCUCCUACUGAUAACUGUACAGUCUGAUUCAUGUACCAUAGAUCUAAUUGUAAAACUUCCAUCUAGUAGAAUUUUCAUAUAGCAAAUUGAAACUCAGAUUCAUUCUAGGUAGCUGAUGGUGGUAGGGAUGUACCAGAAUUAUCAGUGCAAUUAUUUGGAUGGGUCAGAUGUUAAGUAUGGCUGUAUAAUUAAAUUUACAGUUAAUAA